AGGGAAUUAGAAUGUGCGCCUGAGCCAUCUGCGCCCAUAAAGCUCAUUUGUGUCUGCUUACGAGGAGAAAUUAUGCAUUAUCUGUUCUUAAAGCAGUGGAAACACUAUUGUUUCCUGGAAGGCAAGCACUUCUAUUUGAGGAGAACCUUCAUUGUUUUGUUACUGUUGUGAAGUUCACAGAAUUCGUCAUAGUUAAGGGCGGGAGAACCCAAAGAAUGAACAUCGGGAGAUGAGUUUGAGCGCUGAUAGUGCAGGGACCGCUUUAGAGACAGAGCAAAAGAGGGUCUUAGAGGGUCCGACACGGUCAUGAGUCUCUGAGGUGCGGAGUGAACCGGACACAUGGAGUGGGGCGGUAGAAGAGCCAGUGGCUCCAUCAAACGGGCCUCCAUCAAACGCUCAGCAUCAAUGUCUCAGAAGGGCCAGAAAGCUUGGAUUGAAAAAACCUUUCACAAAAGAGAAUGUAUCCACAUAUUUCCAGCCAAGGACCCAACGCGGUGCGCCUGUGGUUAUCUAGUGACUCAACACACGGCCAUUGCAGCAGGCGCCAUCACCAACAAGCCCUCCGAAGGGAACCAGCUUGUGCAAGUGGACCCUCCUCAGGAGAAAUGGUUGGUGGUCAAACAUACCCAGACCAUCCUCACAGAUGCCUAUGGUACCAUUGAAUUUCAAGGAGGAGGAUUUAUCAACAAAGCCAUGUAUAUUCGGGUGUCAUAUGAUACUAAGCCGGACAGCUUGCUGCAUCUCAUGGUGAAGGAAUGGCAACUGGAGUUGCCCACGCUGCUUAUAUCAGUUCAUGGUGGCCUCCAGAACUUUGACCUGCAGCCCAAACUCAAGCAAGUUUUUGGGAAAGGCCUGAUCAAGGCUGCCGUGACCACCGGAGCAUGGAUCUUCACUGGUGGAGUCAGCACUGGAGUGAUCCGGCACGUUGGAGAUGCUUUGAAGGAUCACUCUUCUAAAUCCAGAGGGAAGGUGUGUGCUAUAGGCAUCGCUCCAUGGGGAAUCCUGGAGAGCAAAGAGGAUCUAAUUGGAAAAGAUGUGAACAAACCAUACCAGGCCAUCUCCAAUCCUCUGAGCAAACUUGCCGUUCUCAACAAUAGCCAUUCGCACUUCAUACUAUCUGAUAACGGCACAUGUGGGAAAUACGGGGCGGAGGUCAAACUACGCAGGCAGUUGGAGAAACACAUCUCCCUCCAGAAGAUUAACACGCGACUGGGCCAGGGUGUACCGGUGGUAUGUCUGAUUGUGGAGGGGGGUCCCAAUGUGAUCUCGAUUGUCCUGGAAAGCCUGCGUGAGGAACCACCUGUGCCUGUAGUGGUUUGUGAUGGCAGUGGUCGAGCCUCUGACAUUAUUUCCUUCGCCCACAAAUAUUCUGAAGUUGAAGGACUGGUAAAUGAAGACGCAAAAGAGCAACUGCUGGUCACCAUCCAGAAAACCUUUAACUACAACAAAAUGCAGUCAGGGCAAAUUCUGCUCAUGGUCAUUGAAUGCAUGAAGAAGAGGGAGUUGAUAACAGUGUUUCGAAUGGGUGCUGAGGGACAAGAUGACAUUGAAAUGGCUAUCCUCACUGCGUUACUGAAAGGAACAAACGCAUCAGCUCCAGAUCAGCUGAGCUUGGCUCUGGCUUGGAAUAGAGUGGAUAUAGCACGCAACCAAAUCUUUGUGUAUGGACACAAUCUACCACCUGCAAGCGCCCUCGCUGCCAUCUCCACCAGCACAGCACCAUCUCAUGAAAAGCAGAAAGGAGCCACUCAACGUAACAAAGGAAAGGCUAGAGGGAAAAAAGGCAAAGGAGGCAAAGCCAAACCAGAACAACCAGAGGAAACUGACCCCAGAAAGUUAGAACUACUGAACUGGGUGAACUCCCUCGAGCAGGCCAUGAUUGACGCUUUGGUUCUGGACAGAGUGGAUUUUGUCAAGCUCCUGCUAGAAAAUGGUGUAAACAUUCACCAUUUUCUAACCAUCCCUCGAUUAGAGGAGUUAUACAACACUAAACUUGGUCCUGCUAACACUCUACAUAUUGUCGUAAGAGAUGUUAAAAAGGGGAAUCUCCCACCAGAUUACCAAAUCACAUUGAUCGACAUUGGACUGGUGGUGGAGUACCUGAUGGGUGGAGCCUAUCGCUGUAACUACACAAGAAAAAACUUCCGAGCUCUUUAUAACAAUCUUUAUGGACUGAGUCUUGUGAUACUCAGCCUCAUUUUCCCACCUUUUAUCCUGCUGUUGGAUUUCCGUCUGGGUGAUGACGUGUCUCAUCAAGUCACUGCAAAUAGUGAGGACAGGAAGACCAAGGAUGAUGAUAAGUCUGGCCGGGAUGCCAAUGCAGAUACAGCCUCUAAGAAAGGAGAUGAGGAGGAAGGUAAUAAGAAAAUGAGACGGAUUCCUAUUGGAACAAAGAUCUAUGAGUUCUACAAUGCCCCUUUCACCAAAUUUUGGUUCAAUACUAUUUCCUACCUUGGCUAUCUCAUGCUGUACAAUUAUAUAGUACUGGUGAAGAUGGAGCGUUGGCCAUCCUUACAAGAAUGGAUCGUCAUUUCAUACAUCAUCACUUUGGGGUUGGAGAAAGUCAGACAGAUUUUGAUGUCAGAACCAGGCAAGCUCAGGCAAAAGAUAAAUGUGUGGUUGGAAGAGUACUGGAACAUCACAGACCUGGCGGCCAUCUCGACCUUCUUGCUUGGGCUACUACUUAGGCUGCAAAAUGAACCUUACAUGGGCUACGGCCGUGUGAUCUACUGCGUGGACAUUAUCUUCUGGUAUAUCCGCGUACUGGACAUAUUUGGAGUCAACAAGUACCUAGGACCCUACGUCAUGAUGAUUGGGAAAAUGAUGAUUGACAUGCUGUACUUUGUGGUGAUCAUGUUGGUGGUCCUGAUGAGUUUCGGCGUGGCACGGCAGGCUAUCCUCCACCCAGACGAGGAGCCCACAUGGCGCUUGGCUCGCAACAUCUUCUACAUGCCUUAUUGGAUGAUCUACGGAGAGGUGUUUGCAGAUUCGAUAGACCUUUACGCAAUGGAAAUAAACCCCCCCUGUGGAGAAAACUUAUAUGAUGAGGAUGGGAAAAAGCUUCCACCCUGCAUCCCUGGAGCCUGGCUGACUCCGGCCAUCAUGGCCUGUUAUUUGUUAGUGGCCAACAUCCUGCUUGUGAAUUUGCUCAUUGCUGUCUUCAACAACACAUUUUUUGAGGUUAAGUCCAUUUCGAACCAGGUGUGGAAGUUUCAGAGAUAUCAGCUCAUCAUGACUUUCCAUGACAGGCCAGUGCUGCCUCCACCAAUGAUUAUCUUUAGCCACCUCUACAUCCUUUUUCGCAAACUCUGCUGCCGCUGUAGUAAGAAAAAGGAGGGAGAACUGGAUGAAAAGGAUAAAGGAUUAAAGCUUAUUCUUACCCCGGACGAGCUGAAGAUGCUGUAUGAGUUUGAGGAGCAAUGUGUGGAGGAAUAUUUCAGGGAGAAAGAAGAUGAGCAACAGUCCUCAAAUGAUGAGCGUAUCAGGGUUACAAAUGAAAGGGUGGAGAACAUGUCCAUGCGCCUUGAGGAGGUGAAUGAGAGGGAGAACACAAUGAAGGCCUCCCUUCAGACAGUGGACCUUCGUUUGUCCCAGCUGGAAGACAUUAAUGGCCGAAUGGUGAAUGCCUUGGAAAGACUGGUGGGAAUCGACCACUCCGAACUCACCCGGACACGCUCAUCGGCCUCCUCUAUUUGCGACCCCUCCUCUCUCCAACGUCACAGUAGCAUCAACAGUGCUGAUGGGUACAGCCUCUACCGCUAUUACUUGGGUGUUGAUGACCGUCCACCUGAGGAGAAAGAGGCAGAUCUGAGUAAAACAAUAAGCACUACAAACCUCAACACAAAGGAAUAUGGCCAGAAUCUAGAGGUGGAUAUUCCAGGGGUAAAAAGACGCCUUGGCUCAUGUGUGGACAUCCGAAUCUUCCCUUGUGAUAAGGAUGUUGAGGUUGAAGGGACAAAGCCAGAAUCACCCAAAUCUACAGUUCCUGACAACCAGACUUCUUCAGAUAGAGCCACACUGAAAGAAGCCUUGAUCAUGGAGAGAGCAAAACUUCAGGCGACUACCUCCUACCCUCUAGAAAAGGUGAAAGCUUUUAAAUACUAUCCCGGAGAAAUACAAAGCACAUCCCCGUCCACUGUACGAAGGUGUUGGAGCACAAUUUCAUUUGAUCAAGCAAGUGGAAGAGAACCAAAUCUAGAAGGAGAAGGAAUGGGUGGGUCUCCAGCUACAAGACGUUGGAGUGCUGGCUAUGAGUAUAAGGUACACCCUAGUCUUUUUGGUCAGACGCCAAAGGUAUCAACGGUAAGACCCUUGGUAGACCAGAUUGACCAAUUUAGCAACAGUUUCAAGGUAGAGCAACAUUCUGACCAGCCUGAGCCACAAAUGCAGAGAGUUUCUUCUAGACAUAGUAUAGAUGAGAUGGGAAUGCAAGACGGGGAGAAGACAAUGGACAGUUCAGAUGGAUCAGUGAAUCUUGAACGACAUCAGUCAAUUAUUGAAGAUGGGAUAAGAAAGGGUGAAGAGCUACACUCAGCGGGGACGACUGGAAGACAGGCAUCACUUGAUGUAGAUCAGGUAAAUCAGGAAGAAGGGAGUGACAAUGUGGACAAAUGCCUGAAAGAUACUGAACAGGAAGUGACAAAGGAACCAGAUGAUCCUGAAGGAGGUCUUGGAAAGGAGGAAAGUUCAGAGAAGCAAGACGGAGAGCAAACAGAGGAGAUACCAACAGGUGUAGGUCCCUUUGAUUCUGAAGUCCAAGCUGAUGGUAGCCAUCUGCUUCUGCCAGAAGACACAAUGUUCCUCCCUGGAAGAUCUAAAAGCUGGUCCACAAAACCGUGCAAGCCCUUAGAAAACAGCUUGAAAAGAGCCCACGGAUCAAGCAGUGAAAGAGACCUUGCUGGAACAUUUGGGGACUCUCCUGAUGAUCCAGGUAAACCAGCACAGAAGACAACAGACGAUGCACCAUCAGACGAACCGUGACCAGACACUCCAGAGGGAGUCCAAUAAGAACAGCAAAUUCAACAGACAAGAAUGACACACACAUUAAAUUCUGUAUAUCCACCUAUAACUCUAUAUACUUACAUUAACAGUAUGCACUCAGGUGUCAUGAUCAAGUUAACUGAGUAGCAAAUCUCUGAAGCCAUAGUAUCAACUAUCCAUUAUUUGUGUGCUUGCACUUAAAAGUAUUUCCAUCAGUAUAUGUAUGUAAUGUACAAAAUACAGUAUGUAUCCCUGCUCACUGCUCUGGUUUUCAUCGUCAUUUAUGUAUUAUGGUUUAGAUGUUUUUUGACUGGUAAAAUGACAGUAUUAUGAAAUUUUAUGGGCUAAAAAGUAAGGCUAUGCAAACUGAACUAGUCAAAGGACAAAAUGAGUCUACCUCAAUGCAAAAUGUUUGGAGUUAGCAUGUUGUAUGAGUGGUGCAUUCUGUUUAUGGUGGGAAUAAGACUGUGAAAUAGCACCAUCUGUUGUUCUGGAUGAUGAACUGCUGAAAAAAAAGAGGAACUUUACACAGGAAAAAAAUAAAAUGAAGAUAAGUUUAUACAGUAUUUACUUUGGUUAUAUGUAGUAUAAAAGUCUACAAUGAAUAAAACCACACUUCAAA